GAAGAAGAAGAAAUUGGUUUUAGUCCAACCAAUCAACACUCCAACUUAGAAGGUGGCGGUAAUGUACCGAAUAGUUGUUUGCCAACCGCUAAAAGGUAGAAGAAGAAAACAUACGCCUGGUAGCUAGUGCCCUGCUUCAAGUUAAUUUGCGUAAAUUUAAGAAAAGAGGGGAGAAGCAAAUAUAGCAUUUGGUACAACAGACGAUGUAGGUUUGUAGAGGGUAAUAUCCUGCAUGAUGGACGAUAAGGGAACUGAAACACUAUUCGUUGCUCGCAGAGUUUUUACGUUUGAAGAGAACAAGAAGAACACGGAGAACGCAGAAGAGUCCCUAAUCGUCUCUAUACCCGAGGUUCUUGAUCCACAGUAUGGCAUGUAUGUCUGGCCUUGUGCUGUGGUGCUGGCUCAGUAUCUGUGGACACAAAGAGAGAAGCUAAGAGACAAGACAGUGCUGGAGCUUGGUGCAGGUGUGAGUCUACCAGGUGUAGUGGCUGCAAAAUGUGGUGCAAAGGUGAUCCUGUCAGACAGUGCCAAGACUCCUCGGUGUUUGGAGAACUGCAGGCACAGCUGUGAAGCUAAUGGCCUUCAUGAUGUCUCUGUGAUGGAUCUCACUUGGGGAGAAAUCUCACCAGAUGUCAUUCGGCUUCCUAAGCUGGACAUCAUCCUGGGAUCAGAUGUUUUCUAUGAUCCUCAAGAUUUUGAAGAUGUUCUUGUGACGGUUGCUUUUCUUCUAAGGAAAAACCCCAAAGCCCAGUUCUGGACCACUUACCAAGAAAGAAGUGCUGACUGGUCCAUUGAAGUGUUGCUCCACAGAUGGAAGCUUAGCUGUGUUGAAAUUCAGUUGGACACAUUUAAUGCCAAUAAAGGUGAGCUGGCUGGAUCAACUCUGCCUGGCUGCCACAUCAUCCAAAUGAUGAUUAUCACUCUGAAGUCAGAAGAUGGACUGUAACAUACUUGCAUUUGUCCAGAGCAAAUAAACUGAAUGCCACUGCAAAUGAUUGUUAGAAAAUGUCAUCAUAUAAUUUAGGUACAAACUGAAUUGCAUAGCUUUUUCAUGGCGGGUUAACUUAAUCACUGAUUAGAUUAUUUAAAGUUGUAAUAUAUUAAUAAAUAUUACUUUUGUUUCACAAUACUACACAAGUAUAUGCUAAUAUACUAUACAGUGUGUGUAUAUAUUAGUAUACACCAGUAUGAAUGUGGGAAAUUCAACUUGUAAUUGUUCUAUUGAAUUAAAGUCUUUUUUUAGACAGGAAUUUUUACUAAGAACAUGUAUUUUCUCUACCCAGCAGAGGGCAGCAUUUUAUUAAGGAAAUAGACACUAUACUCAAGCUGUGAUUCAUGGGCAGCCUGGUACAUACCAGAGUCACACAAACCCUUUUCACCUGCAAAAUUUUACAGAACAACAUUAAUAUCAACUAUGAUUAAGUAUAGUUUUAUUGUCUUGUUUAAAAGACAACAUCUUCUACAACAUCUUCCAGCAUACUGGUACAAAAAUCAUAAUGUCACAUAAUCAUCAUCCAUCUCAGCUUCUCUCUGUAUGUGCAAACAUCAGUUUACAUUUCUUGUUGUAAGAUGCAAUUUCCUUGCUGUGGGACUUACUCUUAUUCGCCCCUUCCCUUCAUUCUCUUCAAUAUCAUCACCCCGGGAAUACUCCACCAUAAUCUGACCCAGCUCACUGUCCCCAAUCCCACAUGCCAGUGGAUCAGGAACUUCCUGACUGACAAGAGGCAGCAGGUGAGGCUGGACAGCAUCACAUCUGGAACCCCCACCCCCACCAUCAGUACCAGCGCACCACAGGGAUUUGGCCUCUCCCCACUGCUCUUCUCCCUCUAUACCAACGACUGCAUCUCAGGGAACCCGUCUGUGAAACUCCUGAAGUAUGCAGAUGACAUGACCGUCACUGGGCUGUUCCAGGACGGUGAUGAGUCUGCAUAAAGACGGGAUGUGGAGCAGCUGGUCCAGUGGCGCAGUCAGAGCCAGCUGGAGCUCAACACGCUCAAGACUGUGGAGAUGAUGGUGGACUUCAGAAAGAACUGCCUUCCCCCCGUCCCCCCACCAUCCACAAUAACACAGUGUUUACUGAGGACUCAUUCAGGUUCCUAGGGUCCACAAUCUGACAGAACCUAAAGUCGGCCCCCCACAUAGACACUGUCCACAAAAAGGCUCAGCAGAGGUUGAACUACCAGAGACAGCUCAGGAACCUGCCCCGGGAGCUGCUGAACAUCUUCUACAUGGCCAUCAUCCAGUCUUUCCUCUGCACCUCCAUCACUGUGUGGUUUGGUUCAGCCACCAUGCAGGACAUACACAGACUGCAGCGGGUGGUUCAGUCAGCAGAGAAGAUCAUUAGAAAAGAGCUUACUUCCAUCCGACACCUAUACCAGUCCAGAUUUAGAAAACAAGCUGUCAGUAUCACUGCUGACCCCACACACAAGCUCUUUAAGCUCCUCCCCUCUGACAGGUGCAACAGAGCUAUGGCCACCAGAACCAGAGUCAGCUUUUUACCCCAAGCUGUGUCUGAGCGGAACUUUCCUCACACGUAGCGCAAUAACCCUAUGUGAUAUACUGUAGUGUGCUGGAACUGCAGUGUUUCCUCCAGUUCAAACGGUGGCAAAUCUCACUCGCCACACACACACACACACUUCACAUAGCAUCUAACAUACAGUAUAUACACAUACACUGAGCUAGAGACAACACACACGCGUCAGCUUGACCGGCUGAUUAUGGUGGCAUUGGCCACUUGCUUCCUUUCUUCUCCAGCAUAUGACUGUUUGGAAACGAACCUAGUCUGCAGAGCCACCAAUCCUGUCUCUUACCCAAUAUAUGCUGUUCAACAUCUAAAGAACAAUUAGCUUCUGCAUAACAGUCCAUUACAUGUCUAUGCCACAAGAAAUUUGUGUAUUAAGUUUUAUGUUUGGUAAGUAAACGGGAGAGGUCAGCUGUGCUGUAGAAUUGCCAAUUGCAGUUUUCACUGAAAUACUGUCUUAUGUAACCAUGUGUUUACUGGGAAUUUACUAAGUGCUCCCCUUACUGGAUCUGUCAUUGCAGAUCUGAGUCAGAACAAAAGUGAGACUGCACCUCUUAUACAGGUAUGUGAGCAGACUCACAAAGAGGGUCCUAAAUUUUACGCAAAAGAAUUCAGCAAAGCCUCUGUUCUUUUAUAAAGUGCUGUUUAUCUUAGCUCAACUCGGAAGUUGACAUUCAUACAGUAGUUUGAUACUGAGACAGAGGACAAAAAAUAU